AUGCCGAGGUCCUUCCUAGUGAAGAGCAAGAAAGCGCACAGCUACCACCAGCCUCGCUCUGCUGACGAGGACUACAGCCUGCGGCUGGAGACGGUGCUAGCCCAGAUCUGUGCAGGUAGGAGUCCCUCUAUCCCCGAGGACACGGAGCUAUGCCGCACCGCCCUGCCCGAUCCGGAGCCUUCCCGGGGGCGCUUUUCCCCGGAAUCCCACCUUACUGAGGUUGCCGAUGGCACCUCCGAGUCGGCGCCCAGCUGCGAGGGCAGCGUCUGUGACAGAGUGUCCGAGUUCGAGGACUUCUGGAGACCUCCCUCGCCCUCCGUCUCGCCAGCCUCGGAGAGAUCUGUGUGUCCGUCCCUAGAUGAAGCACCCCCUUUCUCGGUGCCCUUCAAACCCUACAUGUGGAACAGCCUGGGUGGCUCCGAGCUCAGGCACCUCGUGCAAAGCUACAGGCCCUGCCCGGGGCUGGAGCGGACCUCAGCCCUGGGGCUCUUCUGCGACCGAGGCUCGGAGCCCGCCCUCUAUGGUGCCGAGUGCAGCUCUUCCCUGGGACUGUACGGUGACUUCAGCUCCCCGGGCCCGGGGCUGUUUGAGCGGCCGCCAACAGCAGCUCCUGGACUCUAUGCCGAAACGCAGCCUGGGCUGCAGCAGGAGAAGGGGCCAGGUGGCAUCAAAGUGGAGUCUGAGCUUCUGUGCCGCCCCCUGCUCAUCAGCGCUGGCUCUUACAAGUGUGUCAAGUGCAGCAAGGUCUUCUCCACACCGCAUGGCCUUGAGGUACACGUGCGCCGCUCACACAGCGGCACGAGGCCCUUUGCCUGUGACAUGUGUGGCAAGACCUUCGGCCAUGCAGUCAGCCUGGAGCAGCACAAGGCCGUGCACUCGCAGGAACGCAGCUUUGAUUGUAAGAUUUGUGGCAAGAGUUUUAAGAGAUCUUCUACUCUCUCCACCCACCUGCUCAUCCACUCAGACACCCGACCCUAUCCGUGCCAGUACUGUGGGAAGCGGUUCCACCAGAAAUCUGAUAUGAAGAAACACACCUUCAUUCACACAGGUGAGAAGCCUCAUAAGUGCCAGGUGUGUGGAAAAGCCUUUAGUCAAAGCUCCAACCUCAUCACCCACAGUCGGAAGCACACAGGCUUCAAGCCCUUUGGCUGUGAUCUGUGUGGCAAAGGCUUCCAGCGGAAGGUGGAUUUACGGAGACACCGGGAGACACAGCACGGCCUGAAAUGA